CAAUAUUGUAACUUCCUUUGUUCAAUUAUGCGCGCAUUAAAAGCUGUGCAUAUUUAAAUAAGGUUCCCAGAUGUCAAUCCUACUUAAAAAAGCUUUAGCUUGACUUUUCCCUGAUGUAUUCAAAUAAACUUCUUGAAUUUUAAAUGAAAGCCCGCCAAAGCUUAGAAAUCGAUUGUUCGAUUGCUUUUAGUCACAGUUCCCAAAAAACGAUUAUUCCAGAUUUUCCAAUACAACAUCUUCAAUAAAAAGUAUUGGCUAAGAAGAAACUAAUAAAACAAAGCACAAUUGAUAUUUAAGGUUUUUUUUUUAAAUAAAGAUACUAAUUGAUAAACAUAAUUAUUUAAUUUAUGAUUAUAAUCUGCUUGAUAGAACCCGUGACAUAUCGCAAAUCGGCCAUCUCCGGCUGACACUGUAACCUCAAAAAUGUUUUGUUUACUUUUGCGGCGAUCCGCACUUCAUAAUUCCUGCAAAUUAAUUAGUAAACAGAUUGCCAAGCCCGCGUUCUACACACCCAGAAAUGCUCUUCACACCACAAUACCGCGGCGGCAUGGCGAGUUCGAAUGGCAGGAUCCCAAGUCCCCGGAAGAAAUCGUAAACAUCACAUAUGUGGAUAAGGAUGGAAAACGCACCAAGGUCCAGGGCAAAGUGGGCGACAAUGUUUUAUACUUGGCCCAUCGCCAUGGGAUCGAAAUGGAGGGUGCCUGUGAGGCCUCGCUGGCCUGCACCACCUGCCACGUGUACGUCAACCACGAUUUCCUCGAGAAGCUAAGUGAGGCCGAGGAAAAGGAGGACGACCUGCUGGACAUGGCGCCAUUCCUACGCGAAAACUCCCGCCUCGGUUGCCAGAUACUCCUGGCCAAGAGCAUGGAGGGCAUGGAACUGGAGCUGCCCAAAGCCACCAGGAAUUUCUACGUCGAUGGGCAUAAGCCCAAGCCGCACUAACAUUAUUGUUAUCACAUAUAAUUAUUUAUAACGACUGUUGAAAUACCGCUCUUGGUUCUUUCCCAACUUGUAUAUUUCUUAAGAUGUAAACAAUGCUUCGGUUUUGUGUUGUUCCAUCGUGAAUUAAACUAAAGAAGAAUUCGUUAA